UCAAAACAUUCAGUGAAAAGGUGUAUUUUUAUCAUAGAUAAUAUAUAUUAUCUAUGAUAAUAACCUUACCCACAGAUAUAUAUGUAUAAAAAGAUGGGUCCUUGAUACUAGUAUAUAGUAUUAUCUAUGAUUAUUAUUUUGAUUACAUUUUAUGGUUAAAAGAUAUAAUUUUUUCAUUGUCCAAUUUUUAUCUUUUCGUUCACUAGUUUGUUUGAAUUACUUUUAAACAUAAACUCUAUUCAUUUAUUGUAAUUACUAAUUUUGGUAUUGCCAUAAUUUUUUGCUAAACGUUUUCAAUCCAAAACUUUAUCACACAUAUCGCCUUCAAACAAUUUGCUUCUACUCAAAUCAUGGUUGAUUCCAAUGAAGUGGUAACAAUUUUUUAUUGUUUUAAAAAAUCGCCCUUGUAAAUUACCGUACUUACAUUAUUUUAUUUUAUACUUAAUACUAAUUGUGUAUUGUAAUAUUAAAAUACUGUUUUAUCAUUUUUAUUAAUUUACGAAAUUAUAUUUGUAUAUUUAUUAUUUUAACGAAAAUCACGACUUUAUUAUAUUCAUUUUACUCACAAAAUAUUGAAAUGUGUAAUCACUAAUCUUUGUUGUUUUUUAAUGUGUGUGCCAUUUAAAUAAAUAUAAACUUCACAGUAAUAAAUUAACAAUUGUUGGUGGAUUUUAAGUAUCUAUUAGUAAACAUGAUAUUUAUUGUGAAACAUUUUGAAAAUUGUAUAGCCACUACCUAUGCAUUUAGUUUAGUUAAAUAUUAUUUUUUUGAUGAUUAGUUACUUAUCAUUAAAAAUAUUUUAUUUAAAUACCUAUUAAAAAAAUUAUCUUAUAUCUUGUUAAAACUCAUUUUAUGUAAGUAGUGUAAGGUAUUAUUUUUUUUACCCAACUUGAUUGCACUACCAGGUAACAUUUUUUUUUAAUUUGAAAACAAUAUUGAUAUAAAUUAUUUGUUUUAGACCCUUUUUGUUGUGGAUGAAGUAAGUGACAUUAUUAAGGACUCAAUUGAACAUUCAAUCGGCAGUCAAUUAUAUCAACAAAAUAUGGUAAAUAAAUGGACGGACUCUGUUGUUGAAAACUGUCUAACUAGACUCUGCAAGCUGGCCAAACCUUUUAAAUAUAUAGGUAACAUAGACAUGACAUUAAUUGUUGGUAUUUUUUCAUAGCCAAAUAUAUACAUUGUAUUAUAAUAUUGAUAAGUUAUAAAUCUAAGUCCGAAGGAACCAGUUCAAGUUUACAGUUUUAUCAUUAAUGCUCUACUGAUUAAUAUUAUUAUUUUUAAUGUAGGUAACUCAUCAUUUGUAUAUAAAACUUUCAUUAUUUUUAACUUUUUGGUUUUUGUUACUGUUAUCUAAUUGUAUACCUGUUAAUUUUAUUUGACAGUAACAUGUGCUAUUAUGCAAAAAAACGGAGCUGGUUUCCACGCUGCUAGUUCAUGUUAUUGGGACAACUUAACAGAUGGUAGUUGUACUGUGAGAUGGGAAAACAAAACUAUGUAUGUUAUUGUAUCAGUGUUUGGUCUCGCUAUAUAAAUAAUUAAAUUGUUUUGUACUGCCUAAUAAUAAUUUAUUUAUAAUGAUGAUAAAAUACCUGUAUAAAUUGAUUCAUUUUUAAUUUUAAAAACCUACGCAUAUUUAUAUACACAUUCUUAUAAUUACAUAUAACAAGAAAAAAACAUUUUCACAUUUUUAGUUUUGCCAUACAUAAUUUAAUGGAAUUGUGAAAUGAAAUUUAUUAUUCAUGAUGUAUUUUAAUUAGAUGUAUUAAUAUUUUAAUGAAAGAAACAUAUUAAUAAGUGUACAUUUGUAGCAAAAAAUUAGAUAUUGUAUUGAUGAAAACAUUUUAAUCAUAGUUAUUUAAUAUUAGUUUUGAUAUUUAUUUGUAAAUGUAAAAAUAUUUUCAAAAAGUUUAACUUUUAGUAUAUAUAUUAACAUAUUUUGUUUAUAUGUAAAUUAACAAAACGGUUAAAUGUUAAAUGUAUUAUACCAAUAUUCUGAUAAUUUGAUUUUAAUUAUUUGUAAGUUUUGUUUUAUAACAAUUACCUAUCAAAAAAUAAAAAUAAUAAAUAAAUAAAUAUUUGUAAGGAAAAAGUCAUACCUAUCAUCUAUUGAUAUAAAUCAUUGAUAAUGAAAGUAGUCCUAAGCGAAAUUAGGUUAAACAUGUUCUAAAAUUCCCACGAUUUGUAAUGUAUAUCUGUAAGCAACAAUUAAUCAUUUCGAACGAAAAUACAGUUUGCUUUGUCAAC